UUGCCUUCCAGCGACGAGGACAACAAACCUCUCCAGGGCAGCCGGACGUCCCUGGACGGGCCGGUGAAGGAGAGCGACGACAGCCUGGUGGACUACGGCGAGGGCGGGGACGGCCAGUUCAACGAGGACGGCUCCUUCAUCGGCCAGUACACCGUGAAGAAGGACAAGGACGAGACCGAGGGCAACGAGAGCUCCGAGGCCACGUCCCCGGUCAACGCCAUCUACUCUCUGGCGUAG